AUGCAUGCCAUGGAAAAUGGUGUGGAUACAAAGAUUCUCAAGCUUAUUCAGGACAAGAGGAUAAUAGGUAUUGGGACAGGGACAACAAUAGCGCAGUAUAUAAAUAUAUUGCCUGAAGCGGCGAUUUAUAUUCCUUCUAGCAUUUCUACAUCAUUGUUGCUGAGUAGGAACGGACUUGUGGUUUCUACUGCAUUGGUACAUGAACACAUUGAUUUGUACAUAGAUGGUACAGAUUAUUUUGAUGGCGAUGCAAAUUUGAUAAAAGGGCUUGGCGGCGCAUUAACGAAAGAAAAGAUCAUUUGCUCGGCAUCGAAGCAAACGGUCAUAAUAGCUCAACCACAUAAGUAUAGACAGACCUUUGAUGGAUGUUUUGUUCCAAUUGAGGUGAUUCCGAUGUCUCUUCCCAGGGUUCUUUCUAUCAUUAACAAAAGGGGAUUGAGGUGUAGUUUGAGAGAGGACAGUAAAAAGAUAGGCCCUGUCAUGACUGAGCUAGGCAAUUGUAUUGUUGAUGUUGAGUAUGAUAAGCAGUUCAUAGAUUCGUGCAAAAGCAUCUGUGGAGUAGUGGAGCAUGGACUGUUUGAGUCAAAUGGAUUUGUAUUGAUGGUUGAGAAAGAUAGUAGUGAGUGA